AUGAAACCAACUAUCGUUCUCGCACUCGCAGCUCUUGCGAUACCUUCAGCAGCUCAAUCGCUCAAUGUAGUGGAUUCCUUUAUGCGGGAUUUGAGUAUAUCGUUCCGUGCGCUUUCUAGCUCUCACCCACGCCGUGCCUUCCAUCGCCGCAUACCCGGCCAGCUUGUCAAGCGAUGCAUUCGUCCAAGCAACGGAUAUCCUGGUGGGGGCAAUUCCACAUCGAUAACGGGUUCUUCAACCACUCGUUCGUCGACGAGUACUCGCACAUCUACGAGUGGUUCCACAAGCCCUACUACAACUCGAGCUUCGACUACAUCGGCCCCCAGCUCCCCUAGCUCUAGCUCUAGCCCGACCUCGACCUCGACUUCGACCUCCACAGCCACAUCCUCAGCUGCUACCCCAAGCUCCACUUGGAGGCUUCAGCAAAGAAUGGAAGGCAGCAAUUUUUUCGACCAAUGGGACUUUUGGUCAGCGAGCGACCCCACAAAUGGCGCCGUCGACUAUCAGAGCCGAGAAAAUGCCCAGAAUGCUGGACUUAUCGAGAUCACAUCCGAAGGACACGCUAUAAUGCGUAUAGAGAAUACGACACAGGUCACUGGUAAUCGUAGAUCUGUUCGAAUCUCAUCAAAGUAUAUUAUGAAUGGCGGUCUUGCUAUCCUCGAUGCGGUCCACAUGCCUCAUGGAUGUGGUACUUGGCCCGCUUGGUGGACAACCGACGUGCCGAAUUGGCCUCAUAACGGUGAAAUAGAUAUCGUUGAAGGUGUGAAUGGUUAUGUUCGGAACCAGGCAUCCUUGCACACGGCCGUCGGAUGCACUAUAUCCAAUGACUAUGGAUCCACUGGCACCUUGGCUGCUUCAACAAAUUGUGCUGCAGAAGAAACGGGCAACAUGGGGUGUGGGCAACUCAGUACCCAGUCCAACAGCUACGGCAAACCUUUCAACGACAAUGGGGGCGGUGCGUAUGCCCUGUUGUGGCAAUCUACCGGUGUAUCCGUGUACUUUUUCCCUCGUAAUGCUAUCCCGUCGGACAUCACCUCCGAAGCACCUCAGCCUUCAACUUGGGGCACACCUUCUGGCAACUGGCCCAGCACACCUGUGACCCCGCAACGUAUUUGA